AAAAAGAAAUAUCGAUUUAUUUUCAUCAGCCUAAUGUUCACGUUUUCUAAUACUAAAUUUUGUCGCCGUUACAUAAUUUUUCGCGCUCAAAAACGAAGGCUGAUAUCAUUUUUUUGCGUUAUCGAGGUGAACGUUUGAUAUCAGCUCUUCAACGAACGCCUACCAAAAAAACACUUCAAACCGGUUGAUUUCUUGAUUAGAAUUUUCCAAUCCGUCACUUCGAAACUUUAAUAUCAGCAAUAAAAAUCAUUAUAAUCGAUAAAGUUUUUAAGGUAUAAAAUGGCCCAGCACAUCCUCAACGAUCAUUCAAAACUGUCGCUCAACCAGCGAACUAUCUGUUCUUUGUUGCGGUGCCAUUUUCUUGGCUUCUUGGAAUUUCUAACGAUGCAAUGGCUGAAUUUGAUAGUUUUUGCUUAUCUUAUCGCGAUGGCGACGAGUGCAGGAGACAAAAAAGUAGUUUGUUACUUUGCAAGUUGGUCAGUUUAUCGACCUGGAGUUGGACGAUUUGCGAUAGAAGACAUUAAUGCGACGCUGUGCACUCACUAUAUUUACGCCUUCGUGGGUCUUGAGAAUAAUCAAGUAAAGAUUCUUGAUCCGUGGCAAGCGCUCCCCGACGGAGGAGGUCAAGAUGGUUUUGCAAAAUUUAAUCAUCUACGGAACAAAAAUCCAGGUGUAAAGACCAUGGUGGGAAUCGGUGGGUGGAACGAAGGUUCUAGGAAAUAUUCAAUAAUGGCGUCGUCUCCUAAUUCCCGUGAAAUAUUCGUCAACAGCGCCGUUAAAUUUUUAAAGCGAUACAGUUUUGAUGGGCUCGACAUCAACUGGGAAUACCCGAAUCAACGCGGAGGCAAACUUGAAGACGUUAAGAACUUUGUUUUGCUCCUGAAGGAAUUGAGAAUAGCAUUUGACAAAGAAAACCUUCUCCUCAGUGCCGGGGUCGCUGCUGCUAAGUCGUCGGCCACGAAGUCAUACAAUAUCGAAGAAAUUUGGAAAUAUCUUGACUUUAUCAAUGUCCUGACUUAUGAUCUUCAUGGUAAUUGGGAUUCUCGUACAGGCCUCAUUGCUCCGCUUUAUCAAGGUUCCACCGACUCUGCAUAUGACAGAGAAAUAACAGUAGACGCUUCCAUCAAAUACUGGCUGUCUAAAGGUGUAUCAACCGAGAAGCUUAUUCUCGGGGUCCCUUCGUACGGUCAAACUUUCACGCUAUCUGACGUCAACCGAAACGGUGUUGGUGCUCCGACCAAGGGACCUGGAGAGCCGGGCCCUUAUACGGGAAAUGCUGGAACGCUCGGUUACAAUGAGAUCUGUACAAAAAUAGAGAAAGCUGGUUGGAUUCGUCAUUUCGACGAAGAGAGAAUAGGACCUUACUUAUACAGUGGAGACCAGUGGAUUGGUUACGAUGAUCCUCAGUCUGUGGGAGAAAAAGCUGCAUACGUUAAUCGUCUAGAUCUCGGAGGUGUUUUGAUAUGGUCUAUCGAUACUGAUGAUUUCAGAGGUAACUGCGGCGCGAAAUAUCCUUUGAUUGGAAGAUUAAAACACAUUCUUGAUCAUGGAUUUGACGGAUAAUCAUUUUCA